ACCGAGGGCGGGGCACGGAGGCAGCAUGCUAAACCGGGUGCGCUCGGCCGUGGCGCACCUGGUGAGCUCGGGUGGCACUUCUUCCCAGCGCUCCAAGUCCCCAGAUCUGCCCAACGCUACCUCAGCGCCUCCCGCCGCCCAAGAAAUACCUAAGAGUUCCCGGGAGAAGCCUGGGAACGAGGUCGGCGCGCCCCAGAAGACCGCGGAGACUACACUUAGCUUCUCUCGACCCACCUUUCUGCAGCUGAGCCCCGGAGGGCUGCGGCGCGCCGACGACCACGCAGGCCGGGCUGUGCAAAGUCCCCCAGACACCGGUCGCCGCCUGCCCUGGAGCACAGGCUAUGCCGAGGUCAUCAAUGCUGGCAAGAGCAGGCACAAUGAGGACCAGGCUUGCUGCGAGGUUGUGUAUGUGGAAAGUCGGAGGAGCAGGAGCGGUACAGGGGUCUCCAGGGAGCCUAGCCAUAACCAGGGCUUCUGCUUUUACUACUGGGGCCUGUUUGAUGGGCAUGCUGGUGGGGGAGCAGCUGAAAUGGCCUCCCGGCUCCUGCAUCGCCACAUCCGGGAACAGCUCAAGGAUCUAGUAGAAAUACUUCAGGAUCCCUUGCCGCCUCCCCUCUGUCUCCCAUCCACCCUGGGAACCCCAGGAGUCUCCAGUUCUUCACAGCUGGUUAGCCCUCAGUCUUGUUGGUCUCCACAGAAGGAAGUGACCCAUGACAGCCUGGUAGUAGGGGCCAUUGAGAACGCCUUCCAGCUCAUGGAUGAGCAGAUGGCUCGGGAGCGGCGAGGCCACCAAGUGGAAGGGGGCUGCUGUGCACUGGUGGUGCUGUACCUGCUAGGCAAGAUGUAUGUGGCUAACGCAGGUGACAGCAGGGCCAUCAUUGUCCGGAAUGGGGAGAUCAUUCCGAUGUCCCGGGAGUUCACACCAGAGACAGAGCGCCAGCGUCUUCAGCUGCUUGGCUUCCUGAAACCAGAACUGCUGGGCAGUGAGUUCACCCACCUUGAAUUUCCCCGAAGAGUUCAGCCCAAGGAACUAGGGCAGAGGAUGCUGUACAGGGACCAGAAUAUGACUGGCUGGGCCUACAAAAAGAUUGAGGUGGAGGAUCUCAGGUUUCCUCUGGUCUGUGGGGAGGGCAAAAAGGCCCGAGUAAUGGCUACCAUUGGGGUGACACGGGGCUUGGGAGACCACAACCUUAAGGUCUGCAGCUCUACUCUGCCCAUCAAGCCUUUCCUCUCCUGCUUUCCUGAAGUGCGAGUGUAUGAUCUGACACAGUAUGAGCACUGUCCAGAUGAUGUGCUGGUCCUGGGAACAGAUGGCUUGUGGGAUGUGACCAGUGACUCUGAGGUAGCUGCCACUGUGGACAGGGUGCUGUCAUCUUAUGAGCCCAAUGACCCCAGCAGGUAUACAGCUCUGGCCCAAGCUCUGGUCCUGGGGGCCCGGGGAAUCCCCCGGGACCGUGGCUGGCGUCUCCCAAACAACAAGCUGGGUUCCGGGGAUGACAUCUCGGUCUUCGUCAUCCCCCUGGGAGGGCCAGGCAGCAGUUACUCCUGAUGGGCUCAGCCCCAUCCUUCUCACUGCCAUACCAGCCUCUCCACUAUCACCCUUCUCCUGCCCAAACAUGGAAGUUGUGUCCCUGACUCGAGAGUGGCCAUUUGAACAAAGGGAUGCCCGCUAGGUCCAAAGUUACAGCAACUGGCAAAUAAACCAGAUGGAUAAACGU